AUGGAUCUCUGGGUCACCUGCUUGAUCAAAGUGAUUUCCCUUUCAUCCGAGACGAAUGUCAUUCAGGCCGAUGAGGCUAAAGAGGCGAAAAUUGUGUUGCCGAGUGUCCCAUUACAGCCAGAAGAACUGCCUCCUGCAUCUGAACCGCAUCCCGUGAAGCAACCCGUAGUGCAGGAAUCGCCUAAGCCUAUGCCCAAUCCCGUUAUUCAAACAGAGUCAUCUCUCCCUAAAAGUGUUCCCAAGAAGGAGCGGAAAUCCAUGAAAGCCGAGUCAAAGGUUUCAAAAACAACUCCGAAAGCUGCAGUGCAGAAGCCUACCCCAGUGAAAGUUGCACCGGCAAGAGCAUCUUCGCCAAAACCAUCACCUCCUCCCCCUCCCCCUCCCAAGCCUUCAUCCCCAGAGGUGAUUGCACCGAAAGCGGAGCUUCCAAAGCACCCCCAGCCCACUCCAUCGCCGAUAACUCAGGCUGUUCCACAAGUCAUGAUCGCAGCGCUUUCUCCAAACCUGCCAUCGGGGAGUCCCCUGCAGGCGCAGAAAAGGCCCGUUCCGAAAAAGCAGCCGACACAACCAAGCCCUGAAAAAGUCACAAAAGCAUCGAAACCACCUGUAGACUAUCAAGUCUUGCUGCUGUCAUUAGCAGAUGAAUACUUGAACGCGGCCCAUCGUCACGGGACUAGGACGGCUUUGGCGACAAGUCAAAAAGAAGUUGAAGAAUACUAUAAGCUCGUUUCGACGGGGUUGGGAUGCCUGGAGGCAGUUUUGAAAAACUGGCGCUUGCAGCCUCGAAAGGAAGCUCUUGUGCGACUGCGGUACGCUCGUACUUUGUAUGAGGAGACCGAGAACGAUCUUGAAGCCGAGACUGCUCUGAGCAAGGGUAACCGGAUGCUCGACCUGAAAUACAGCAUGCAGCAUUUGCUCGCGCGAAUGCUACACAAGACAAACCCCAAGGCAUCUUUGAAGGCAGUGGAUGGGAUGAUUCAGGACGUCGAAGCUUACCGUCACACGGCUUGGGAAUACACUUUCCGAUUUCUGCGCGUCACCCUCUCGCUUUCAUCCCCGUCACAUCCGGACUCCGUGCAGGCUCUUCAACAUCUCAACAAAAUUUCGACCAUGGCUAGUCGCAACGGCGACAAGGCGGUGGCUGCGAUGGCUGCCGUCAUUGAAGCUCUGGCGCAUCUACAACAAGGAACCGGUUCGGACGCUAUCGAGCAGGCUCAGCGCGCCCUGGCCGCUGCCCGCAGCCAUCAGCUGAACGAAGAAUUAAAACAUAUUCCGCAGCUUGUCACUCUGACUCAAAUGGUGGAUAUUUGCUGCAGCCUGUUAGAGUACGACGUACCGCAGGCUUCUCAGAAGCUCAAGAUUUUACAAAGCUUGGCAGAUGAGACUCUGAACGAUCCCAACUGGCGAGCGGACGGUUCCUUUUCCGUGCCUUUGAGUGGCAAGUCGGCUGGCCCUUCUUCAAUCGACACAGGGGAUAUUCUUCAGGUGCAGAACGGCACGUUGCUUCUCAGCUUCAACUGGUUGCCACAGCACGAUCUGUAUGCUCUCUCAUACUUUCUGAGCUCCAUUACAUUGAGUGCCAAGAAUUCCUAUGAUGGUCGAAAGGCGGAGCAAUUUUUGGACGAGGGCCUCCGCAUGAUUCAAGGGAGUUUCACCGCACCGCAAGAAAUCUCCGAGUCGAUGGUGAAUGCCACGAGGCGUGUCGAAUGGCGUCGUUCUCUCUGUUGCAACUUCCUCUUACAGCGGGUGUUCCUUGCUUGCGCACGAACUGAUUGGGAGUUUGCCGCGCAAUCUUUGCAAGAGCUUCGACACUUUACACAAGAGUGUGGGCCGAAUCUGCCCAGGUCCAUUCAGUGCUUGAUGGAAUACGCGGCUGGCACUAUAGCGCAAGCAACAGGCGAUCUUGCACGUGCACUGAGCAUUUUCCAAUCCCCGCUGCUGUUACUCUCACCGUCCGCCAGUAAAACAUCCCGUAACGAUCCUUGUCGAGAUACGUGCAUUCUCGCCGCGCUGAAUACCAUCCUCAUCAUUCGGGAACCCUCUCAUCCCGCCCAUUCUUAUCUCCCCACGGUGCAAGCGACCAUCGAACCCUUUUGCCAGCAUGGGCCGAAUAAAUACAUCCAGGCGGCAUACUAUCUGGUCUGCGCCACCGUCCAGACCGAAUCGACCAUUCAGACCAAGACCUUCCUUCAGCAUGCUCUUCAGUCGGCUACCGCCAUCAGCAACUCACAGAUUACAUGCAUGACGCUGACAUUCAUGAGUUGGAAGUAUUUCCGCGGUGUUGUUGGUGAGCAAGCCGAGAAGAGCGUUCGAGCCGGUCGAGCGAUGGCUAAACGAGCCAACGACCGGCUUUGGGCCAGCGUGACGGACGAAAUGCUGGCGGAGACACUCGAAAGGCAUGGGAAAGGUGAUGAGGCUCGCGGUGUAAGGGAGGAAGGACAGCGUUUGAUCACGGGUCUUCCACCUAGCCUGAAGCGACCGGCAUGA